UUAAUAGCUAUACGUUCAACUUCAACCAUCCUUCAUCAAUAAGGGUCAUUUAUUCAGCUGCCAUAUGAUUUUUUCUACCCUUAUAAAUGUAAAUACACAUUGGAAUGUCUUCAUAAGCUUAUUGUUAGCUAGAGAAAAAUGAAAAUGAAUAGUAGAGAAGCAUUUUUUGUGAUAUUUGCAUUGGUGUUGUUGUCAUGGGGGAAUGCACAAGAUACACUUGUACCAGCAAUCAUCACAUUUGGUGACUCUGCUGUUGAUGUUGGGAAUAAUGACUAUCUUCCAACUCUUUUCAAAGCUAACUAUCCUCCUUAUGGAAGGGACUUUGUCAACCAUAAAUCCACUGGAAGGUUUUGCAAUGGGAAAUUAGCUACUGAUAUUACUGCUGAAACACUUGGUUUUAAGAGUUAUGCGCCGGCAUAUCUUAGCCCUCAAGCAACAGGGAAGAACCUCCUAAUUGGAGCAAAUUUUGCUUCAGCUGCAUCUGGUUAUGAUGAAAAGGCUUCUAUUUUGAAUCAUGCAAUUCCAUUGUCCCAACAGUUAAAAUAUUACAAGGAAUACCAAAGCAAGCUUAUAAAGAUAGCUGGAAGAAAAAAGGCAGCAUCAAUUAUUAAGGGUGCAUUGUACAUAUUGAGUGCUGGAAGUAGUGACUUUGUUCAAAACUAUUAUGUAAAUCCUUUGAUCAACAAAGUUGUCACUCCUGAUCAGUAUUCUGCAUACCUUGUGGAUGUAUUCUCAAGCUUUGUUAAGGACUUGUAUAAAUUGGGAGCUAGGAAAAUUGGAGUGACUUCACUCCCACCAUUGGGUUGCCUUCCUGCUACAAGAACUUUAUUUGGAUUCCAUGGGAAAGGUUGUGUCUCAAGAAUCAACAAUGAUGCCCAAGGAUUUAACAGGAAAAUCAACUCGACUACAACAAAUCUCCGAAAACAACUUCCUGGUCUUAAGAUUGUUGUCUUUAAUAUUUUCAAACCUCUCUAUGAACUCGUUCAAUCCCCUUCAAAUUUUGGUUUCGCGGAGGCAAGGAGAGGGUGCUGUGGUACUGGGACUGUAGAGUUCACAUCCUUAUUGUGCAAUUCAAAAUCACUAGGAACUUGUUCUAAUUCAACUCAGUAUGUGUUUUGGGACAGUGUCCAUCCUUCACAAGCCGCUAACCAAGUUCUAGCUGAUGCAUUAAUUGAACAAGGCAUAGCCCUUAUUGGUUAAGGAUUCAUGGGGUGAAUGUAUGAUGCAAAAGUUUGUUAUUUCUGUAGUGUGGAGAAACCUGCACUCUAUUAAAUAAAGUUUUAGAAAUUUCACUGUAACAUGUUCAAGUACACCACUUAAUUUGGAAGGGAACUCUGCAUUUCAGUUGACAUACCAAAUUUAUGUUUUUAUAUCGCCAAUUUGUUAAUGAAAACCAUUUUCCUUUGAUGCAAUUAA